UGGCUGUUUGACUGGCUGAAUAUAAAGUUAAAAUAUCAUGUUCUCUCUCUUUCUCUCUCCAUAGCUACUUGUCCAAAGGCCCUGCAUUGAUCAGUGAGACUUAGUGGAUUACCGGACCAGUGUUUCUAUGGUGAUGGACUGACGGUCAUACCCAGUCUACUCUGGACUAAGAGUGGACCUUGGAGGGAAGGACCACCGAGGACCACCGAGGACCACAACUGGCUCCAGCACCCAGACUUUUAGACCAAGCCACCCACCUACCCAGGCACCAGUGACUGAAACAGGGGGACUAACAGACAACCUGAGGAGAAGCCUCUCUCUUCCUAUCUUCAUCUCUAUCGUCACCUGGAUCUCUAGAUUCUUCUAGUAGUCAGAGAAGCAUCAGGAGAAGAGGAGAAGAGUGAGAGUCCGCACAGUCAGCAGAGGGCCAUAGAGGAAGUGGACAACGAGGAAAAAAGACCAGCAAAGAUUGUUCUCUGCCAAACUGAAAGGGAGUUUUCCUCCAUCUCUGUCGCUGAGGGAAGCGGUCAUUAGGGGCCAUGAGUUGCUGCUGGGGCUACCGUCAUUGUAUCCCUCCGACGCGGAACACUUAAAAUGGGGUCUAUGUUACCAGCUACCAUGGCCGCCAAGCGGCAAGCCAUGCUCUAAUCGCCUAGGCAACAACCUUUCUGUGACCUACGACUUCCUGUCUCUACUUCCUGCUCUGGCCACACCCCUUCCUUACCUGUCGCCCAACCUGAUUUCAAACUUGCCUGCUUCCUUUCCUAAUAUUCUCCCCUUUCUCUUGUUUUCUUAAUAAGAUAACCCCUCCUAUCCUCCCUUCCUCCCUAACGAUGGCCAACAGGUUUCUCCACCUCCCCUCCAUCCCGCUCUCCCUAUCCCUCUCACCAUCCAUCUUCCUCUACCUUCUCCCCCCAUUACUUCUUCUCCUCCACCUCCCUGUGUCCGUCCGGGGGGACUGCUGGCUGAUCGAGGGGGAUAAAGGCUACGUGUGGCUGGCCAUCUGCAGUCAGAACCAGCCCCCGUAUGAGACCAUCCCCCAGCACAUCAACAAUACGGUCCAUGACCUGAGGCUGAAUGAGAACAAGCUGAAAGCAGUGCUAUUCCACUCCAUGUAUCGCUUCACCAACCUCACGGACCUCAACCUCACCAAGAACGAGAUCUCUUACAUAGAGGACGGGGCCUUUACCCAUCAGGCCAACCUACAGGUCCUCCAGUUGGGUUACAACAAGCUGACCAACCUGACAGAGGGGAUGAUGCGGGGCCUGGGCCGCUUGCAGUGCCUCUUCCUCCAGCACAACCUCAUCGAGGUCAUUGACAACAAAGCAUUCGAGGAGUCCAGCUCCAGCCUCAGCAGCAUCGACCUCUCGUCCAAUAAGCUGGCCCGGAUCGAUCCGUCAACGUUCACCGUGCUAAACCGGUUAAUGGUCUGCGAGCUGGCAGGAAAUCCUUUCCAUUGUGGAUGUGAUCUGUAUAGUUUUCUGACUUGGUUGGAGGCAUUUAAUAACGUGACACAUACAUACGACAGGCUGCAAUGCGAGACCCCCGGCGAGCUGUUUCUCUACCCGCUCCUGAGCCCCGUGGCCGGGCACGGGCGCAGUGCUCGCACCAUGCUCGCCACCAUCUGUCGCGACGGCAUGAUCAUACCCGGGAUCACGUCUCAACCCGGCACCGACUGGGAGGGCUCCGGGAUGGGCCCGGAGAUGGACGGCCGGGUCGGGCCGUAUCAUCAGCCGACAGCGUCGUCCACGGCCGACCCCAACUUCAACCCCAGCAUCAAACUCCAAUGGGUCACUCUGUCUGCAGCCAAGCUGUUGGUCCAGAUCCCUAAACCAUACAGCAAGAUGUACGUCCUGGUUCAAUACAACCAGAGCUUCGUCUCGGACAUCCAGAACCUCAAGGAGAAGAAGGAGAAGGUGACGUUGGUGGAUCUCAAACCUCACACCAACUACACCUACUGCGUAGUGUCUAUAAGUAAAAACCAGCGCAACAACCACACGUGCAUCUUCUUCGCCACGCGAGAGGCUGGCCCUGACGACCACCACGCCAACCCGUCAACCAUGACGCAUUACAUCAUAACGAUCCUGGGGUGUCUGCUGGGGAUGGUGAUCGUGCUCGGGCUCGUCUACUACUGCCUGAGGAAGCGUCGGAUGCAGGAGGAGAAGGAGAAGGCGAUCAGCGUGAAGAAGACCAUCUUGGAGAUGCGGUAUGGACCGGAGGCUGCAGCACAGGCAGCUAACGACCCGGCAGCCAUGCAGCAUCUCCAGGAACAGGCCCAGAACCAGGGGCACCACGGAGGUCACCUCCACGGAGGAGGGGGUGGCGGGGGUAAUAAACUUCCCCCCUCCACCUCCUCCAGCUCCGGCAUGCUCCACGGUUCGGCCAACACCACCUCCUCCCGCCUCUCGACGCUCCCCCAAGUGGAGAAGAUGGCCACGGCGUUCUGUGAAGCCAUGGCAACCAAUAAAGGGAACUAUAUGGACGUGAGGACUGGGGCAGGAUUACCGGGAGACGGGGGAGGAUUAUUACUGGCAGGGGGAGGAGGAGGAGGGGGGGAGGCGAUACUGGUGGAUAUGCGAAGCAUCAACGGUUGCAGUGAAGAUGGAAUGGACGUUGGGAAUGAUUCGGAUGACGACGGGCACGGAUCUGCGUCGGAGAUCUCGACAAUCGCCAUGGAGGUCGACAAAGUCAACCAGAUUAUCAACAACUGUAUCGACGCGCUCAAGCUCGACUCCCUUGUUGCCACGGCAACAUCUGGCGACAACCCUACUUCUCCUCCACCUGCUUGUAUCACCUCCCUCGCUCGGAACCUUAUCCCCCUCUCUCAAGGCCUCGCUGACACCUGCCAGAUGCUCGCCUCCUCUCCCAAAAUCCAUGCCCCUCCCACGAUGACCCCCGUCCCCCUCGUCAUGCCCCUCUCGGAGCGUCCCGGAAUCAGUGGAGGGGGGUUUCUCUCGCCACCCUACAGGGACCCACCACCGGCGAAUGCCGUACGACCCUUACAGAGGCAGUUGAGCGAUACAGGUGUGGUGGUCAUGGGUGCUGGGAAGAACCGAUGUAGCGUGUCCUCGGCUGGAGGAUCCAUGAAGAGCACCAGGGUCUUCAGUCUGGAUGUCCCGGAGCCCCGCAGCCCGGGGCCCAACUCCUGCCCUCCAUACCCAGAGAAGGGGAGCCCUGUUGGGUGUGGGGAAACCAUGGAGAGGCUCCCUCUUGUGGGUGGAAAUGGUAGUGGUUGUGGUAGUGGUGGUGAUGGAAACGGGAUGGGUUGUGGUGGUGGGAACGGAAUGGGAGGAGGGGUUAAUGAAGGUGGGGUGAAUGUCAAUGGAGGUGGGGUGGGUUGCGGAGGGGGAGGGAGAGGAGGGGGAGGCCCGGGAAAGCAGCAGCAGCAUCAUCAUCUGGAGGUACAUCCAGACUACCACUGUUCUGAGCACAGGCACUCCUUCCCCGCCCUCUACUACGAGAGAUCCAACGACUCCCCCUCUCCCUCCCCAUCCCAGAAGGCCUCCUUCCUCAAACCCCUGGGACGUACCAAAAGGGACCCUGCCGCCUACUCCCAGCUCUCCCCUUCCCGGCACCACAACUACUCCGGCUACUCCUCCAGCCCCGAAUAUUCCUCGGAAAACACCCUUCGAAUCUGGGAGAGGUUCCGGCCACACAAGAAAGGCCCUCGCGACCCUCGCGAAGAGGCAACGUAUAUCGCUGCAGGCCACGCCUUGAGGAAGAAGGUUCAGUUUGCGAAAGACGAGGACCUCCAUGAUAUCCUCGACUACUGGAAGGGGGUGUCGGCCCAGCAGAAGCUGUGAGA